AUGAGUGAGACAACUGCUGCCAGUGAGUGGGUUUUGAAGAGCUCCAACCAUUCUGCUAUCAUUUUAGACAAACUGAAUAUUAUGAGGGAAAACAAUAUUGGGACGGAUUUACGACUAAGUAAUGGGGAGCAGGAAGUUUCCUGUCAUCGAGUUGUAUUCACUGCUGUCAGUGAAUUUGCUAAGCGAACUUUAUACAUAGAUGAGCCCAACUCUGAUGCAGGUACACUCCAAAUUGACAAUAUGGAUAUUAAAUCAUUAGAACAAUUUGUAGAGUAUGUAUAUACUGGUCAGAUAAAAGUAAAUGAUGAAAAUGCCAAUAAUUUGGUAAACAUUGCUGAAAUGUUUGAGGUGGAAACUCUGCGUGUUGGAUGUAUGGCUUUCAUGAAGAGAUCCAGAAAAGUACCUGCAAAUGCAGCAGACUCAGAAAAUACUUCACAGAAGGUUUCAUCUCCUCAGAAAUGUACUGUGGAAGUAUUGAAGAAGGCAGGUGGAGGUGAUGAGAUUCAGCCAUCGGCAAUGAAAAAAAUUGCUGUGACCAAACUAUCUAGUCUUACUGAGACAAGAAACACAGAUGAAUCUAAUUGUUCAACUGCAAAGGAAGAUAACACAAAUAAGGAUUCUGAUGACAGUGAAGUUGAAGAUGGAAUACCAUAUGGUGGCGAUGAAGAUGACGAUGAUGAUGAUUGGUCUCCUGGUAAAAUGAAAAAAAUUACAACAGGAAAGCGUAAACGAUUUGGUAAGAGUUUAGUGGCAAACUUGACUUCAGGCCCAAGCAGAGGUACUCGAAGUAGCACUCAAGUUUCUGGGAAAAAUAAUAUAAAAGAAACAAAGCAAGCAAGCGAACAGUGCACAAUUUGUGAAAAGUAUAUUUCUACAGCUGAUGGACUUGUACGUCACAUGAGAGUACAUACAGGUGAAAAACCAUAUUCUUGUAAUGUCUGUGGACAGACGUUUACUGUUAGUUCAAACCUCUAUAAGCACUGUCGAACAAAGCAUGGGAAAGCAACUCCUGAAAUGAUUGGUAAAAGAGUACGUGAUAAAAGAAAAGAUGUACCAGCUUGCUCCUUGGCUUCAAAUGAUGUAAUUGUAAGUAAUGCUGAUGACAGUGACCUAUUUCCGAAGUCAGAAAAAAUACAUACCUCUCCAAAUGAAGAUGAAAAUUAUGCCAAUGUUGCUGCUAGCAGGUCUUUGAGUCCCAAUAAAAACACUCAAAGCAGAACAAAACAGAAUGAGAGUCUACAGUGUGAAAUUUGUGAUAAAACACUGUAUGGUAGCACUGGACUAAAACGACACAUGCGAAUACACACUGGUGAACGACCAUACUCUUGUAACCUCUGUGGCCAGUUAUUUACUACAAGUUCCAAUGUCUAUAAGCACUGUCGGACAAAACAUGGGGAAGUAAAGCCAGAAAUGAUUGGUAAAUGUUCUGGAAAAUAUGUCAAAAAAACUAAGUUGGAAAAGUAUUUCACUUGUAAUGUUUGUGGGAGUCAGUUCACUACAAGCUCCAAUGUGCAUAAACACUGUCGAACAAAACAUGGUGAAGUUAAACCUGAAAUGAUUAGCAAACCACCAAGAAAGCCAAAGAAAAUAUGUGAGAGACAAGAAGACGAUUCAUUGGAAUACAGUAAUGAUGAACUAAUGUCAGAAUCAAGCAAUGAUUGUGAGGAAGAAAGUGAUUCAGAGUUCAGUGAUAUGUUUAGUUGCCCAUUGUGUGAAGAAACUUGUGCCGACUUGAGUAAACUGAAAAAUCAUUUGAAAGAAGAGCAUUCAAGCGAGAGUAAUAACCCUAUGGAUAAGCAGAAAGAUUUGAAACCCAUAAUCAUACAAAUUGGUUCUGGCAAAUUUAUUGUAGAUGAAAAAAGUACCACGGUAACAGAUGAGGCUGGAACUGGUACUGUUUCCCUUGAUGAUUGCAAUAGCACCAAAGUCCCACAUGAAGAAGCUGAAACUAGUAUAGCUAACGUGGAUAAAGAAAAUAGUACCACAGACACGGGUAGGGCAGAAGGAACUCUUACAUCUACCGUGGAUAAUGAAAAUAAUACUACAGUCCUAAAUAAGGAUGCAGCAACUUGUACAGCUGCCGUGGAUGAUGAAAAUAAUACCGCAGCCCCAGAUAUGGAGGCAGAAACUAGUAUUGUUGUCCUUCAUGAUGAAAAUAAUACCGCAGUCCUAGAUAAGGAGGCAGAAACUAGUAUCACUGCCCUGGAUGAUGAAAAUAAUAUUGCAGUCCCAGAUAAGGAGGCAGAAACUAGUAUUGCUGUCCUGGAUGAUGAAAAUAAUACCGCAGUCGCAGAUAAGGAGGCAGAAACUAGUAUCACUGCCCUGGAUGAUGAAAAUAAUACCGCAGCCCCAGAUAUGGAGGCAGAAACUAGUAUUGCUGUCCUUCAUGAUGAAAAUAAUACCGCAGUCGCAGAUAAGGAGGCAGAAACUAGUAUCAACGCCCUGGAUGAUGAAAAUAAUACAAGCGUAAAUGAUAAGCUUACUGGUACUGAUGUAACAAAAGAUGGAUUAAAAUCAACAGAGGGAGGUACAGAGUUCAACUGUCCUUUAUGCGAGUUUCCAUGCAACAACUUACUUGACUUCAAAUUACAUGUAAAACAAUUACAUCAAAGUACACAAAACUCUGACCAACAAACUACAAGGGCUUUUCAUAAAUGUAAUGUUUGCAACGAAGUAUUUAAGACUAGACGUGCAUUGAAACGGCACAUGAUGUCACACAGAAAUGACAAGAAAUUUAUUUGCAAGGUUUGUGAUGAAAGGCUUGUUUCAAAUGUUGCUCUAUAUUUUCACUGUCGGCGUAAACAUCCUAAGUUGAAAGUGAGAAGACAGACUGUACAAAUAGAUUGCACGAAGGUGCUGAAUUGCCCAUUAUGCAAGAUUCCAUAUACAACACGAGCAGGACUUAAUAAACAUGUACGCGAGUUUCAUAAGGAAGAUUCAGAAGCUCUGAAGUUGGUGGAUUCUUUGUACAUACAGCCUUUGGAAGGUCUCUCGCAUAAAAUUAAAAAGUCUGGUAAAAUGUCAUAUGCUUGUUCAUCUUGUGGGAAAGAAUUCAGAGCUGCCAAUACAGCUAAGUUGCAUGUACGUGCAGUUCAUUUGGGAGAGCGACCACAUGUUUGUGGGAAGUGUGGCAAGUCCUUCGGCUACCCACAAACUCUUAAGCUCCAUAACCAAACUGUUCAUGAAAAUCUGAGACCCUUCAAGUGUACUGUGUGCAGUAAAGCCUUUGUCCGGGAGACGGGACUGAAAGAUCACAUGAAGUCACAUACAAAAGAAAAAUCAUACUUAUGUCAUCUGUGUGGAAAAUCCUUUGGAUACAUACAGAGUUUUAAUGCUCAUAAAAAAAUUCACAGUGAUGAGAAACCCUACGAGUGUGAUAUGUGUGGUAAAAGGUUCAAAUUGAAAGGAACUUUGACUGAUCAUCAAAACCAUGUUCAUAAAACUGGCCCCACCACCGAGUGUGAAGUCUGCAAAAAAGUUAUGAAUGUCAACUAUCUGAAGAAGCACAUGAUCGCACAUUCGGAUUAUCGUCCUCACGAAUGUUUAACUUGCGGAAAGACCUUCAAGACUGAAAGAACCCUGCGAAAUCACGAGUCAACACAUAAUACAACUAGACCAUUUGUAUGUACUAUAUGCAGAGUGACUUUCAAAGCACAGUAUCAGUUGCUGAAACACAAGGCUACUCACAAGUUACCUUUUCGUUGUGGCCACUGUAAGCAAGGUUUUAAAACAGAAGAAUCAUUGCGUAAGCACCUGAAGACUCAUGCCCGAAAGUUUUCUUGCAGCAAGUGUCAACGUACCUUUGAUAGGCAACGAGGUCUCUUCAACCAUCAAAAGUUUUGCAGAUUUUUGCCAGAUGCUGAUGAAGUCCAGCCUGUUGUUGAAAAUGCUACUGAAGUGGUGGAUCAGAUAAUUUAUAUUCAGUCUGAUAUUGAUCUUACUGCAGAGGCUGUGGCAAGUCUUCAAGAGGUGGUGACUACUACACACCCUUAA